UGCUUAAAUCAGUUCGCCGCAUACCCACUUGCAUACACACCUCCCUCUCUUACAAACUCUACUGCACAAAUCAAGCAAAAAAACAAGUUGAAACUAUGAAGCUGUCAAAUUCUUUGUCUUUUACCUUUCUUCUUACAGCACUGAUUUUCUCUGUGGCCAAUGCUCAACCUCUGGCUCCUGCAAUGUUCAUAUUUGGAGAUUCUGUUGUUGAUGCAGGCAACAACAACCACCUCUACACUAUUGUAAAGGCAAACUUCCCUCCUUAUGGUAGAGAUUUUAUCAAUCAUCAACCAACUGGCAGAUUCUGCAAUGGAAAACUUGCCUCUGAUUUCACUGCUGAGAACAUAGGCUUCACUUCAUACCCACCAGCUUACCUUAGCAAAGAAGCUCAAGGCACAAACCUCCUGAUUGGUGCAAAUUUUGCAUCUGGUGCUUCUGGUUUCUAUGAUCCAACAGCUAAGUUAUAUCAUGCAAUUCCUUUGACUCAGCAACUGCAAUACUACAAGGAAUACCAGAACAAGAUAGUGGGAAUUGCUGGAAAAACCAAUGCUUCAUCAAUAAUAUCUGGUGCAAUUUACCUUGUCAGUGCUGGAGCUAGUGACUUUGUUCAGAACUAUUACAUUAAUCCUCUUCUUUACAAGAAAUACACACCUGAUCAGUUCUCUGACAUUCUCAUGCAAUCCUAUGCAAAUUUCAUUCAGGAUUUAUAUAAGUUAGGAGCAAGAAAGAUUGGAGUAACAUCAUUGCCACCCCUUGGAUGCUUACCAGCAGCUAUCACAAUAUUUGGCUCUGAUAGUAAUGAAUGUGUAGCCAAGUUAAACAAGGAUGCAAUUUCCUUUAAUAACAAGCUCAAUGCCACAUCUCAGCGCCUGAUAAACAAGCUUUCAGGCCUCAAUUUACUCGUUUUCGACAUCUAUCAACCUCUCUAUGAUCUUGUUACAAAACCUUCUGAUAACGGAUUUGUAGAGGCAAGAAAGGCUUGCUGUGGAACAGGGUUGCUAGAAACAUCAAUAUUAUGCAAUUCAAAGUCUGUGGGAACUUGUGCAAAUGCUUCUGAGUAUGUGUUCUGGGAUGGAUUUCAUCCUUCAGAAGCAGCAAACAAAAUCUUAGCUGAUGAUUUGCUUACUAGUGGCAUCUCUCUCAUCUUUUAACAAUAAUCAUUCUGGGAGUUUCUAUCUUAUAUUAUAUAUAUGCUCAAAAUCCUUCCCCUGGAUUGGGAUUAUUACUGUUGUUUGAGAAUCUGGAAAUUUCAAAUUUUUUUCUUUCAGUUCCACCAUGUAAUUUUAAUUUGUGCAUUACCCUAUGUAAAACUGAAUAUUGAAUAAAAUAACGCAUACUUGCACACCUGCUCAAAGUUCAUGCCUA